GCCACCCCUGAAAUCGCGCAACCUUCCCACCACCACUACAAGACAUCCACCCCUCUCCGCCUCGCCGGAGAAGAAGAAGAAGAAGAAUCCGAGCUAAGAAGAAAGCAAGCUGCCGAGGCGAGGCGAGCGCGAGGUGGGGAUUCGCUUUAAGCUUUAAAGCGGGAAGAAGAAAGCUAGCGAGGAAGUAAAGGGGAGGAGGAGGAAAGAGAGCUGUCGUUUUCGUCUUGUGCUUGCUCUGCUCCAGCUAGCUGCCCGCCUCGGCGCUCGCGGCCACGCUGCCACCUCCUUUCUGCCACGCCAAAAAGCUUCCUCACUAGGACUACUCCCCCUCCUCGGGAUGCUGCCCUGAUCGUCUCUUGCUUGGGCGUGGCUAAUUUUUCCAGAUUAGGUCGCUGGGUUAAGCGGAGGCGGCUGCUCUGCUCCUCUGCUCGUGCUUGCCUUGCGCUCGUGUGAGAAAAGGGAGAGGCUUUCCGUGGGAAAGAUUCCGUGUUGUAGGAGCAGCGCACCAUUUCGUCGUCGUCCUCCUCCUCUUCUUCUUCUUUCCGUUGUGCUUGGGCUCCUCCUUUACUGCCUUUUCCACUGCUGCGAGUGGUUUGGUUGGUGGUUGAUUUGUUCUUUCCUUCCUCGUGAGGGUUCUUGCCUCCGUGGCUGCUUCUCUUGUUCUUUUUUUGUCUCUGUCCCGUCCAGCGGAAGCGAUUGACCACCGGCUGAUUCUUCUCGGGGUUUCUUGGAGCUCGUGGGAGUGGAGUGAGGUGGUGGUGGUGUGAGAGGGGAGAGGUUUUUCUUGGGAGCUCGGAGUUGGGGGGCGGAGGAGGAGGAGGACGACGAUGGCAGCCGCGCCGCCGCCCAAGGCCGACGAGCUGCAGCCGCACCCGCCCAAGGAGCAGCUCGCCAGCGUCUCCUUCUGCAUCACCAGCCCACCGCCAUGGCCCGAGGCCAUUAUACUAGGAUUCCAGCACUUCAUUGUUAUGCUUGGCACCACUGUCAUCAUACCGAGUGCACUUGUGCCUCAGAUGGGUGGAGGAAAUGAUGAGAAAGCUCGGGUGAUUCAGACUCUGUUGUUUGUUGCUGGCAUAAACACCUUGUUCCAAACAUUCUUUGGGUCUCGUCUUCCGGUUGUGAUGGGUGGAUCAUAUACUUUCGUUGCACCAACCAUCUCAAUCAUCUUGGCUGGACGUUACAGAAAUGAAGCAGAUCCUCAUGAGAAAUUCUUAAGGACCAUGAGGGGAACACAAGGUGCUCUCAUCAUUGCAUCGACAAUUCAGAUGAUACUUGGUUUCAGUGGUCUCUGGCGCAAUGUUGUUAGAUUGUUGAGUCCAUUGUCUGCAGUUCCUCUUAUUUCACUUGUUGGAUUUGGGCUCUAUGAACUUGGUUUUCCAGGGGUAGCUAAGUGUGUCGAGAUUGGUCUUCCAGAACUCAUCCUACUGGUUGCAUUUUCUCAGUAUUUACCUCAAGUGUUGCAUUUCGGGAAGCCUAUCUUCGGCCGGUUUGGUGUUCUUUUCACCGUUUCGAUAGUGUGGCUUUACGCAUACAUUCUCACAAUUAGCGGUGCUUACAAGAAUUCUCCACCGAAGACACAGGCGCAUUGCCGUGUUGAUCGCUCAGGCCUUAUUUCUGGAGCUCCUUGGAUUAGAGUUCCUUAUCCCUUUCAGUGGGGAGCUCCAACUUUUGAUGCUGGAGAGGCCUUUGCAAUGAUGAUGACUUCAUUUAUUGCUCUUGUGGAGACAACUGGAGCUUUCAUUGCUGCCUCAAGGUAUGCAAGCGCAACUAUGAUACCUCCAUCAAUCAUUAGUAGAGGCAUCGGUUGGCAGGGUAUCAGCAUCUUGAUUGAUUCUUUUUUUGGGACAGCCAAUGGAACCUCAGUUUCAGUGGAGAAUGUUGGUCUACUUGCUUUGACACAUGUUGGCAGUCGUAGAGUAGUGCAAAUAUCUGCUGGUUUCAUGAUUUUCUUUGCCAUCCUUGGAAAAUUUGGAGCACUUUUCGCAUCCAUUCCGCUGCCUAUAUUUGCUGGCAUGUACUGUAUUUUCUUCGCAUAUGUUGGUGCCUGUGGCUUGAGCUUCCUUCAGUUUUGCAACCUAAACAGCUUUAGGACCAAAUUCAUCUUGGGUUUUGCUUUCUUCAUGGGGAUAUCAGUUCCUCAGUACUUCAAUGAAUACACAGCUGUUGCAGGUUAUGGUCCAGUGCACACUGGUGCCAGAUGGUUCAAUGACAUGAUAAAUGUACCAUUCUCGUCGAAGCCAUUCGUCGCAGGUCUUGUGGCCUACUUCCUUGACAACACCAUCGAAACGCACAAUAGCACGGUGAGGAAGGAUAGAGGUUACCAUUGGUGGGACAAGUUCAGGAGUUUCAAGAAAGACGCGAGGAGCGAAGAAUUCUACUCGUUGCCGCUGAAUCUGAACAAGUUCUUCCCUGCGGUCUGAUGAUCCAGCGAGCGUCAGAAGAACAGUUCAUAUGCCUCAACAUAAUUACUGUGCUGGCCUUCUUCAGUGUUGCUGGGCGCCUGUGCGUCAGUUUUGUGUACUUAAUAGGCGAACCUGACUAAUGUGACAAUGGAGAUGUGCUCUAGAUUGGGCAAUAUCAUGUCUAUUUUUUGGUCC